AUGGCGUCCUCUCUCGUUGCCAAGCGCUUCCUCUCCUCUUCUAUCCUUACCAAGUCUCUCCUUCGUCCUGCCUCUUUCGCUUCUCGCUCGUUCAACACCAACGCCAUGAGCCGCUACGACGAUAACAACGCCGACGUCGAUAAUCUCGCAGAACGCUCUUUCCCUCGCACCGUGCGUCGCGAUGAUAUCUUCUUAGAUGUGCUUGAUCCGUUGUCUCCCACUCGGAGUUUGAGCCAGGUUCUGAACAUGAUGGAUCAGUUCAUGGACAAUCCGUACCGCUCUGCGCGCGGUAUCGGAGCUGGAGCCGGAGUUCGUCGGGGGUGGGACGCAAGGGAGACGGAGGAUGCUCUGUUUCUCCGCGUGGAUAUGCCUGGGCUUGGCAAGGAAGAUGUGAAGAUUUCCGUGGAGCAGAACACUCUUACUAUCAAAGGUGAAGGUGCCAAAGAAGGCGACGAGGAAGAGAGUGCUCGUCGUUACACUAGCAGGAUUGACUUGCCUGAAAAGUUUUACAAGAUUGAUCAGAUCAAAGCUGAGAUGAAGAAUGGUGUGCUCAAGGUCAUUUUGCCUAAAAUGAAGGAGGAGGAGAGGAGAGAUGUGAUCAGUGUUAAGGUUAAUUAG